CCAAUUGCUGCGAUUGACGAGAUAGUCGGUCGGUCGGCCAUACCGACGUCGCUCGCCCGCGUUCGUUUAUUAUUCGCCACUCGCUAGUCGGUCGCAACGACGGCGACAUCAAUCGGCGCGUUAUGACCCUGUGACGAGAUAGCAUGAGUAAAGCCGAUACCUCGGCGGAAGCCGCCUUGUCGAGCGUGGCCGUCCACGUAAAUCAAUACAAUGAGCCGGACGAGGAGCACUCCAAGCUGCUCGAGCCGCAGUCGCUGACACCGACCGUGACGCCAUCUGGACAAAUACGUAAAGUUAAGAGCUUCACCGAUACACACAAAAUCCGCGAUGUAAGUGCCGCUUCUGGUGCGGCGUCCGCACGCUGCCUGCGCCCCUACGAACAAGUGACUCCGUACCCUGAAGGUUCUGAAAGUGGGACCAAUCAAUAUGGAGCACCAUCAGUACGAUCCCUCGCGUCCAUCGGCAUGGGCUGCACAGACGGACGUAAAAUGGUCAUCAGAAGAGUGCCAACGUCCCCCACGGAGUUGUUCCACUUAGUACGUCCUCCUACACCUCCUGAUGAAGACACCGCAUCACACGAGAGCGACUGUGAUGAAGAGGAAGAGGACGAUGAGACGGUGCACCUGAAGCCACGCCGGCCCUUCUGGGCCAAUAAGAUACAAUUCGUGCUCGCCUGCGUCGGUUACUCCGUCGGCCUCGGAAACGUAUGGCGCUUCCCAUAUCUUUGCUACAAAAGUGGUGGUGGUGCUUUCCUGAUACCUUACUUCAUAAUACUGUUAGUGUGCGGAGUUCCCAUGCUCUUUAUGGAACUAGCUGUGGGUCAGUACACAGCGCACGGUCCCAUCGGCGCAUUGUCACAAAUAUGUCCACUGUUUAAAGGUGCCGGACUGGCGAGCGUGGUGAUCUCUUUUCUAAUGUCCACGUACUACGCGGUAAUAAUAGCAUGGGCUAUCUAUUAUUUCUUCACGUCGUUCAAAUCUGAAGUGCCAUGGGCGAGCUGUUCUAACCGAUGGAAUACAGCGCAAUGUUGGGUGCCAUUCCACAACCACACCAAACCCAACGGAUCUCAAACGCCUACUGAGCAGUUUUUCGAAAAAAAAGUGUUAAACAUAAGCGACGGCAUUGAAUUUCCCGGUGGAAUGCGAUGGGAACUGGCGGCGUGUUUAGUAUGCGCGUGGGUGUUGGUGUACUUCGCACUUUGGAAAAGUAUCAAAUCAUCUGCAAAAGUACGUUACAUAACCACGACGUUGCCGUUCCUCUUGAUCAUCGUGUUCCUAGGACGAUCAUUAACAUUGGACGGAGCGGACAAAGGGCUAAGGUUCUUCUUCAAGCCGGACUGGGAACUUCUCAAGCAGUCUAGGCCCUGGGUGAAUGCAGCUUCGCAAAUUUUCAAUUCAAUUGGCAUUGCCUUUGGCUCUAUGAUUAUGUUCGCGUCGUACAAUCGCUUCGACAACAACUUCUUGCACGAUACUGUAGCCGUUUCGCUGGUAAACGCAGUGACAAGUCUUAUUGUGGGCAUAUUCACAUUCGCCACCAUUGGAAAUAUUGCAUUCGAACAGAACACCAGCGUAAAAGACGUCAUUGCUGAUAGCCCUGGUUUACUCUUCGUCGUAUAUCCACAAGCUAUAGCCAAAAUGCCAGCGUCUCAAUUAUGGGCUGUUUUAUUCUUCUUUAUGUUCCUAUGUCUAGGUCUUAACAGUCAGUUCGCAAUAGUCGAAGUGGUGGUGACGUCGAUACAAGAUGGUUUCCCCGAUAUGAUACGAAAGAGACUGGUGUAUCACGAACUGCUAGUUCUUUGCGUAUGCAUGGUCUCCUUAAUAUUUGGUAUACCGCAUAUAAUACGAAGCGGUAUAUACGUGUUCCAGCUGAUGGACUAUUAUGCAGCUUCGCUCAGUAUUACAUACCUGGCUUUCUUCGAAGUGGUCGCCAUUGCAUGGUUCUAUGGUGUGGGUAGACUUUCGAGGAACAUUAAGCAGAUGACAGGUCGUUGUCCGUCGCUGUACUUCCGUUUCUGCUGGCUGGUGGCGUCGCCGGCGCUGCUGCUGGCGCUGUGGGUGGCCAGCCUGGUGGACUACACGCCGCCCAGCUACCGCCAGUACCCGUACCCGGCGUGGGCGCAGGUCCUCGGCUGGACAAUAGCCUCGCUCUCCUUACUCUGCAUCCCGGUCUACGCUGUCGUCGUUAUCGUUAGGUCGCCCGGCAACUCUUGGAGAGAGAAAUUUCGCAAUUCAAUACGACCGACGUUUAUAUGUGACUGCGGCAUCAACGGUUGUGACAUUUGCUGCUCGGAUUCGGAGCCGCCUGACGACAAAACAACAAUCAACUAGUCCAUUAUUUACACAAUUUAUUUUUAGUAUUUAGCUAUAAUAACAUACUCGCUACACCUAACUACUGAGAGAGUACUCACCUCACCUUCCCACUUAGCGAUAUCAAAAGCAAACAAGACAAAAAGAUAAUAAGACGAGACAUUCUUCCAUCAUAAUUAUCAUUAAUUUACAAACAAACGUACUCGACCUAAAACUUAUGUUCUUGUAAUAGUAACAUAGUUUUCUAUACUCGAAUUCAAUGGGUUAUAGAUAUUUCAAGUACAAACAGAUCUGUUGAUCACGUGUUGGGAACAUGCUAGUUAUGUACAUGUGUAUACAAUGUGAACAAUAUUAUACAAGGUAAUAUUAGGUACAAUUCUACUAAAAUAAUUUCCUCAGAUAACUUACAGCGACACAAGGAAAGGACAAAACGAAAACUGACGAUGUCAAUCAACUUGUUUAAAAUUCAUUGCAAAUACCAGUGACUUUGUGAAAAGCAUAGUUUUUAAUUUAUUUUAUUAGUGUGGGAAUAACUUACAUGUCCUUAUCGAUGUUACCAUUGAAAAUCUUAAAGAUAUUUUACCACAUUCUUUCUUCUUAAAAAAGAUAUAACUUUAUUAACUAAUAGCCGAUAGGUAUACGAUAUAUAAUUAUAUUUAUUUGUAUAUCAAUUCGAAUAUUUUAACCUUGACUUCCCCAUUGCUAUUUUUCGUAGAAAAUACCUACAUUAUGUAACUAAAAUAAUAACAUUUGAUGUCUACCCUGUAUUUAAUACAAUUCAUGUUUUGUUUCAGAAACAAAUUAUUUUUUAUUCAUAAAAAUAUUAAAUAGACUUAUUAGUAAACUGCCAAUGUUUAUAAAAUGAUAAAACUUAACAUCUGUGAUGAAAACAUUCCAUUACUAAGAUUGUGUUUAUAUACGAAUAGAUAUAUUAAUAGUAAAUAAGUAUUUAUUCUUAGUAAAUUAACACACAACUUACUGAGUGUAAUUUUAAAAAUCCCCGCUGAAAACCAGUACAUAGUUUUUAUUCCUUUAAUUUCUAUUGUUAACAUUUUUUCCUGUUUUAUUUUAAUUUAAAUACCAGUGUCUGUAAUAA